AUGGCUGCAUCUCAUCAUGUCCUUCUCAUCGGCGGUCACGGCAAGGUUGCCCAGCUGCUCACGCCACUGCUGCUAAAAAGAUCAUGGACCGUGACCAGCAUGAUCCGUACCAAGGAGCAGGCCCCUGCCAUUGAGAAGCUCGGCAGUGGUUUGCCUGGCAAGCUCCACGUUCUGGUCAGCAGUGUGGAUGAGGUUUCUACACAAGAACGUGCCGCGGCCAUUUUGAACAAUGUGAAGCCCGAUUACGUUGCUUGGAGUGCCGGUACACCCCGCCAGAUACGCAGGCUUGGUGCAAUUGCGAAAGCAGUGACUGACCUCAAACAGGUGCCGGCGGCAAAGGCGGCCCCGAAAUGGCAUACCUUCAAGGUAGACCGAGACGCGGCAGUCAACUUCAUCCGCGCCGCCGCCGACAUUCCCUCUAUUAGACGAUUCCUCCUCGUCUCGUACGGGGGUUCCCGGCGUGCAGGUGCCUCGUGGUGGCCCGAGGGCGAGUGGGAUGACUACAACAAAAAGGUCAACCACGGCGUGCUCGCGACCUACUACAAGGCAAAGAUUGCCGCUGACGAAGUCCUCUACGAGACGUCCAAGAAGAGCUCUACUCUUGUUGGCAUUUGCCUUCGACCGGCUACGCUUACCGAGGAACCUGCUGGCAAGGUUGAGCUCGGCAAGACGGCCCAUGUAAAUGGCAAAGUGAGCAGGGCUACAGUGGCGGCCACCGCAGACGCCUUACUCGCUGCUGAUGGCGUCAGGAACACAUGGCUUGAUCUUCAGGACGGCACUGAAGAUCUUGACGCUGCUGUUAAGAGAUGCAUCAGGGAUGGAGUUGAUGCCGCCGAGGGAGAGGAAAUUUUUCAUUCCAGAAUUUAA